UCGGAAAUUGCCUUGACCAUAGUGUUGAAAAAUAAUUUCCUGAAGUGGAAACGGGCUCUUUCGUGAUUUGUAAGGUUUGCGCCAAUCAAGCUUGAAUCGAUAAGAAGCUGUUGCGAUCGAAUCAACGGAGUUAGCCAGGGGACGUUCAUAUUUCCACUCAAAUUCAUUGCGUCCUCAAAUCGUCCACAUCGAAGAAGACUGAACACGACCCGUAUGAUUUUCUCAAAAUUAGCAUCUUCGGGUGCCGAAAGCAUCGAAUCUGGGUCUGGUCCGAUUUUCUUUCCAUUGACAGUUCGAUUGAUGUAUGUUCUGGGUAAAUCAGAUAACUCUCUGAUGUCGCUGAAUUGAAAGGCGAGUUCCCCGAAUCCCUUUGACUCACUUGCACUAUUGAGACACCAACGCCAUAGCACCUAAUCAAUGAACGAAUAAGAGCGCUUACAUAUCUCUGGAUCCAAGACACUCACAUAAACUAGGCGAAAAUCAUGAUCUUCAGCUAUCAUCGAAGCUAGAAAAGAAUCGCCUUUGUCCGCUCCAUAA